GAGCCGAGCCGCCAGCCAGAGUAUCUGUAUCUGUGGCGCGUCAUUGUUGUGCUGCUACUGCCGCUACUGCCGCUGCUGCUGCCUCUGCCGAUUGAGCUCCAUUGCCAUAGCUUCUAUAGCCUCGAUAGCGUGUAUAGCGUGUAUAGCUUCUGUGCCGUUCCCGUCGCCUAGUGGGCAGCUCAGUUACAAGACCAUUAUUUGACGUAUUUUUUGCGCGCUCGGUUGGCCGUUUGGUUGGUCGCUCUCUCGCUCGCUGGAUCGUAUCGCACCACACCGAACCGCAUCGGUUAUAUCCAUUGCCAAAGGCCCCCUUUAUCGCCUCGAUGUGGAGCAGCAGUUGCGCUCCGUUCGUGGACCGGGCACGGGUAUCGCAUUCAUGAGCUGGCUCAUUGGCAAUCAUUUGGAUUCGUACGCCAGUCGAACCGGUGGCCACCUCACACAUCCAGACGGCCAGAUGCCCUCGAUCGCGCGUGCAAAGUGCUAACCCCGAUCCAAUCCGUAUAACCCUAUCGUGGCGGACUGAACCGAGUCGUAUCGAGCAACCCAAGUGCUAGUGAUCACAUCAAAAAAACAUAAAAAACGAGAAACAGCCAAGGAAUUGAAUUAGUGACUAAACCAGUGUAGUGCCCAGCAAGAUUGCUUCGUUCCGGUGGAGAAUAGUAUGCCAAUUUGUUCACAGUGGAUUCAACGAAUAAAAUGGCCGUUGGACCGACGGAGGGCAAACAGCCGCCCUCAGAGAGCUUCUCGCCCACGCACCACCAGAUUAUAGCACCCAGCCCCAUCCUGGCCGUUCCAACGCUGGCCUUCUCCGCCGCCCAGGUGGAGAUCGUGUGCAAGACGCUCGAGGACUCCGGCGACAUCGAGCGGUUGGCCCGCUUCCUCUGGAGCCUGCCGGUGGCCCUGCCCAACAUGCACGAGAUCCUCAACUGCGAGGCGGUGCUCCGUGCCCGCGCAGUGGUCGCCUACCAUGUGGGCAACUUCAGGGAACUUUAUGCAAUAAUAGAGAAUCAUAAGUUUACUAAGGCGUCCUACGGCAAACUGCAGGCCAUGUGGCUGGAGGCCCACUACAUUGAGGCCGAGAAGCUGCGCGGUCGAUCACUGGGUCCCGUGGACAAGUAUCGGGUGCGAAAGAAGUUCCCCCUGCCGCCGACGAUCUGGGACGGCGAGCAGAAGACGCACUGCUUCAAGGAGCGCACGCGGAGCCUACUGCGCGAAUGGUACCUACAGGAUCCCUACCCCAAUCCCACCAAGAAGCGGGAGCUGGCCAAGGCCACCGGCCUGAAUCCCACGCAAGUGGGCAACUGGUUCAAGAACCGACGCCAGCGGGAUCGGGCUGCUGCGGCCAAGAAUCGCAUCCAGCAUAGCCAGAACAGCUCGGGAAUGGGCUGUCGCAGCCGGCGGGCGGACGGAGCUGCCUCGCCCACGCCCUCGGACAGCUCCGACUCGGACAUCUCGCUGGGCACCCACUCGCCGGUGCCGAGCAGCCUGCAGCUGCAGCACAGUCCGGGCAGCACCUCCAACGGCGCCAACGACCGCGAGGAGAGCCUGAGCGUGGACGACGACAAGCCGCGGGAUCUGAGCGGAUCGCUGCCACUGCCCCUCUCGCUGCCCCUGCCGCUGGCCUCGCCCACCCACACGCCGCCCCAACUGCCGGCGGGCUACGGGGGCGGGGCGGGCGCAGGACCCGGUGGACCGCUGACCGGUCCGGGCUGCCUGCCACCCUUCAAGCUGGACGCGGCCACCAGUCUGUUCAGCGCCGGCUGUUACCUGCAGAGCUUCAGCAACCUGAAGGAGAUGUCGCAGCAGUUCCCCAUCCAGCCGAUUGUCCUGCGUCCGCAUCCGCAGCUGCCGCAGUCGCUGGCACUGAACGGGGCAUCCGGCGGACCGCCACUGCAUCAUCCGGCCUACGCGGCUGCCUACAGUGUGGAGUGCGUUCCAGGUGGUCAUGGACCACCGCAUCCGCCGCCGAAGCUGAGGAUCAACUCGCCGGAGAAGCUCAACUCCACGGCAGUGGCGGCGGCGGCAUCCGGCGGAGGAGGAGGUGGCACCCAACACCAUGAGCCCACCACCACCGGCUACCAUCACAGUGGCCAACUGAUGCUGCAUCGGCCCUUCUCCACGUCGCCGGAGCUGAAGCACAGUGCUCCCGAGAUCACAUGAUAUCAGCGGGUCUGAGGUGUCCACCUGUAACCCCACCCAGACUAACCCGACAACCCCAAGCCCAAAUCCCAAAUCCCAAAUCCCAAUCCUCACAAGCUCCGAAGCACUAAGGCCCAGCUAUUCAGAUUGUUUCAAUUGUACUUCUAAGUUAGCCCGUAGUUAAGCGCAUCCCAGCGGCGGAGUUCGAGCAAUAUUCGAUCCGGAACUGUUUCCUAUAUCAUGGCCCAUAAUUACCAUACCUUUACCUAUACCUAUACCUAUACCUAUACCGUUAUCCAGCAGCAGCAAAUCGCAAGCGUCGCACACUCACUCUUCAAAGAUAGCCAUUUAAGCCGGAUGGAAACUGAGAUACAGAUUUAGAGCUAAUAAUACAGAUGGCGGUCCCAGUGGCCCCAAAAACUGAAAUUGAAUUCGAGACGUUUUCAUUCUAAUUUUGUGUGUGUGUACGUAUUUGUAAAUAGAGUUUAAGUAUGCAAAUCAUAGAGCUUACGUAUACAAUUAGAUUGCAAUAAAACCGAAUGAACAGUUAAGAAUUUGAA